AUGUCGGUUUCAUAUGACUUCACAGGAAAGGUAGCUCUGAUAACUGGCUCGAGUUCGGGYAUMGGUUCGGCCAUUGCUUUACUUUUUUCUAAAUCGGGUGCCAAUGUGGUGGUCACCGGUCGUAAUGCCGAUCGAGUAGCCGAAGUGGCCAAACGGUGUACCGAUCAGUCACCGAAACAAUUGAAAGCAUUGCAAGUCGUGGCCGAUAUUACUAAAGAAGAAGAGUGCGAUCAACUGAUMGAGAAAACUGUUCAAACAUUUGGCAAAAUUGAUAUAUUGGUCAACAAUGCCGGAGAUAUUAGGUUUUGUGAAGUAACUGAUAACGAGUUUAUGUCUAAGUUUUUAUCGGCAAUAAAAUUAAUGUUGUAUUCAUCAGUAUAUAUGACUCACAAAUGUGUUGACUAUUUGGCCAAAACUCGGGGCACUAUUAUUAACAUAUCUAGUAUUGAAUCAAAACAAUCGAUUGUCGGCGUGUCGUCGGAUUGUGUGUCCAAAGCMGGUGUCGAUAUGUUUACGAAAUGUAUGGCCGCAGAGUUGGGACCAAAACGUAUACGAGUCAAUGCAAUCAUAUCUGGUACUGUAAUGCCUGAUGAAAGCCUUAAGGUAUUACCGAAUGAGGAAAAGGAAAUUUAUGAAUUAUUUGGACRGAAAUACCCGGUAGGCAGGGCUGGACAGGGAAUAGAUAUUGCAAACACUGUGGCAUAUCUGGCCAGUGAUGGGGCAGAGUUUAUAACCGGCAGUAUUGUUGUKGUCGAUGGCGGACAUCUGGCUGCUAACGUUAUGGUUUAA